AGGAGCGUAUCAGGGUCAUGAUAAACUAGAGUUGCGGCCUUCAUACAAUGUUACUUGUGAUGAAUAAUAGGGCAUUUAGUUAAGGUUACUUAACAGAGCAUUUUUAAAAGCAGAGUGCUGCUGGUCCCCUUUAUCCCAAUGAUCCUUGUUUUUCUCAGUCGGAAUUAAUCCUCACCUGACGGAUGAUUGUAAUAAAAACAUUCGGCUAUGAUACGGCACUUUUAUGUUAUUUAACCACGUUAUCAAAUCAGAACUGAUAACAAUGAAAUUUUAGUCGUACUUAGACAAAAUGUGUUAGUAUCCUCGGCGAACGAAAAGAUGGAAGUAGAAAAACAUUUUCGAAAGUUUAAAUUACUUUUGGAUUACGUAUUUGAAGGGAAAGUGGUGUUGGAUGAGAGAAAUAUAGAGCAACUACUGUAUUUUCUGGAGAACGAAAAUGAUAAAUGUCCCGGUGAAAAGGUUCUUGACACACCAAGAUUUUCAGAUCUCAUAUUCGAAGCAAUCAAAAACAUUCCAAAUGCAACUACAUCAGUCACCACUUUUCUCAUUGAAAUUGUUAGAAUUUUAUUCAAGAAUGAACUACAGUUUAGCAAGUUGCAGAUGCAAGGCUUUCAAAAAUCAACCAUACAGUAUUGUAUCAUCGGUGUUUUAGAACCGAAAAUCCCACCUCCUGGCCUUCAGUUAGUGUGCAUCAAGUUAGCCUCAGCACAGAUAACACACUGCUCGGGAAUUAGAUUGGUCAUGGAAAAUAAAGUUUGGAAGUCCAUAUUGUGCAGCAGCAUCCACGAGAGACCGCGACAUAUUGCUAAUGCAGCUUACAAAUUUAUUUCUCAAUUAAUUCUCAAACUAAGCGACUACAAAUUGGAGUCAGAUUUGACAGAAGUGUUAGGAUAUAUCGUAAAACCUUUAACGUCUAGUGAAUAUUUGCAACUAGAAGUGAUAGAUCCAGAGACUGACAAACUUCUUUCGGAAAAAGUUAGAACUUACCUGAACGCUUUGCUAGUGAUACUGACAGAUUCAGGGGACUCAGAUAACACUCUAGUUGUGAAUCUAUUAAGAUCAUAUUUCUUGAUUGAUCACCCUUUAUAUACUAUUAUGCUCUCGACCCGAUUUACUGAAUUUACAAUUUUAUUAAAUGACAUAAACCACCGGUAUUUUUAUGCAACGUUUAAGCACAUGUUAUUUUCAGGCAAAACAGAAGAAUUUUGCAAUGAAUUAGUAGCUUACUAUCAUAACACUAUGAAAUUAUGUAUAAGAAAACGAGAAAUGCGACCUAUCACGGACUUUUGCAUAAAAUAUAUGGUAUUUUGGUCAAAUUUUGAAAAGAUGCAUAAGGAUCGAUUUCAGUUUCCACUAACUUUUGAAAGGAAUGGACACAAAUUGGUAGUAUCGAAUCAAUUACUUGCGCACUUGUUAGCACCACUUUUACAUUUUACUUAUUAUAAUCAGCCUCCGAAUAAAUCGAACACCAGCAGAACAUUUGAAGACUUCAUAGAAGAAUCGAAUCGAAACGUUUUAGAUACCGUGUCAGAUCACAUAUUAUCAACGUGCUAUUUAAUGAAAACUCUUUUUGAAACUCUUGAUCUAAAACAAGUAGUGAUCGAAACAGCCAAAGAGUUAUUCAGACUUAAAAAUCAUCUAUCAAAUUCACAAGCCGGGAUGCUUUUCCAAAGUCUGUAUCAUGCAAUAAAUAUCUUUAUAGUUUCGGAUGGGGAAGGGAAACUAAUCCUUAACGAGAACAGAAUACGGAGUACUGAAGAUGAGAAGCUGUUAUCCCUUCUCCUAGACUUGAUACGCAUGUUGCUAAAAGAUCACAAUAUAUCCUGGUACGAAAACGUGGAAAUCGUCAGUCUUCAACAAGGACUCAUGAACUUAUUGAAACAAGACAUCUUAAAUACAAAACAAGUGAUCAAAGUAUUAGAUCUGAUCGACAUUUGCGUGAAGAAGUUCCUGUCGCCAAACAUGACACUUCUAGUUGAGAGCCGUCAGGACAGCACCCUGAACGAGAUAGGAGCGCUCAUGAAGACAUACCUGCAACAUGACGACUGGGAAGUGAAAGAUUCUGCACUCAGCCUGCUUUAUAGCUGCAUUGACGUAGCUUAUAUUAAAUAUACUCCCCUGCAAAAAAUAAUCCGAGACGAUAAUCUUGUGUGCAUGGCCGCGCAAUUGGCGAUUUCUGAUCAGGAAUGCUAUGUGCAGAGCGCGAGUCUUAAAUGCUUGACAGCUGCCACCAGGAUCGAAAGCGUAUGGAAAAGCGUGAUCAAUGCAUACCCUCACUUAAGCUUGCUCUUGGUCUACAUAUUAAAAAACAAUCCAGAAGGAAUGGUGCGAAAAGAAGCAGCCCUUGUUUUGGUCGGGAUUUACCUAAAUCAGAAGGUGACCCAGAAUUUUCUGAAAUCCUUGUACGAAGUUAUGAUGUCGGCCGCGUUAGACGACUUGCAUUCAGACGUGCAGCUAGCAGCCCUAACCUUUUGGUGCAAUGUUAUGAAAAACCAACUCGCUCUUCGGGGAAUGCUCGAUGGGAAGUUCCCACCAGUAACAUUUUCUAGAGAAAAGAGAAAAAUUAUAACCCUGAACCGCCAAGAGAUUGCACGACAACUAACUUUUAUUUUGAACGAUUUGUCUUCGUCGGGUUGUUUCACAGUUCUCCUCGAAUGUAUGGAUGAGAUAAACGACAUAGAAAUCAUACAGACUGCACACUUCCUGGCAAAUUACCUGAUGGAAAUACUCGACACGUACAAAUUUGAAAAAGUUGAAGAUAACAAUAGGAUACCGACACCACCACCUGAACAAAAUAUAGCAAAAGACAAAGAACAAGAGAUGGCCAUGGAUUUAUCAUACGAAACGAGUAGUGGAGAAUUUAGGAAUAAGAUUAUUGAUGAAAUAUUGAGUGUGAAUCAAAGUGAGCUUAUUAUGAAUAUGCAUGACAAGUAUGAUGAAAUAAAAACGGAAGCAAUGGAUGAGGACUACAAAAGUUUUGGCAAGCGGAGACCACUGGUGCAUCCCAAUAAGUUUAUUGAAACUUUCAGGAAUACAGAUUAUUUGACCAUCAUAAAAAAUAAGAAAAAUUGGAAUGCUGACGUCCACAGUAGCUUUGAUGGUCUUUUAGAUGACUUACUAGAUAUCUAGGUCAAAAUGCCAAUGUAACUUAAUGUUACUCAUGUGGACAGCCAAUUUACUAGAAUUUUCUUGAGUGGAUUAACUGAAGACUAAAUAACCUUUGUUAACGUACGUUGAGACCAGAAAGAAUGACUUGGUAUAAUAUCAAUGAUGUUUCUGACCCUGUGGUGAAGUUUACGAUGGUAAAUAUCACUUUAAGGAGAACAGACAGACACCUUAAAUAAUAAAAUACAAUAAGCACGAACGCUUACUUUUUUAAAAAUCUAUAAAUUGUUUCGUUAACUAUUACUUAGUUUUUGAUUCACUGUAAAAAAAUAUAACAAGGGCGGGCAAAGACCCAGCCAAUCAGCCUUUUUAGAAACAAAGUAUUUCUGUUAUUUUGAUUGUGAUACAAAGUGAAAUAUACUAUUUAUAUAAAUAUAGUUUAAUUAGCUUUUUUUAGAUGUUUCCUCCUAAUAAUUGUCAACAAAAUAGUACAUAAUAUCCACAUAAAUGUGUGUGCAUUAAAAAUGCCAUUAAUUAAAUAUUACCGAAUUUCACUACAUUAAAUACAUUCGUCUCAUAGAAAA